AUGGAGACAUCAAACAAUAGAAUGAUUAUUGAAGGAGAUUCUGAUUCACCUAUAGAAUCAAUUUCUAGCUCAAUUACUGCUGAAAAAGGAGACAAUAUCAAUGAAGAAAGAGAUGAUGAAGAAAGAGAUGAAGAUGCUGCAAGUAUAAUAGAUUACAAAUAUGACAAGGAUGAAAACAUAAGUAGAUGUCUAGCAAGUUAUACAACAUCAAACUACAAUGAGGGAUAUGUGUUAUACAAAGCUCAUUCAAGAUCUGUUGGUUUCAGUGUCAGAAAAUCAACAAAGAGAAGAGAUACCAAUAAUAAAUUGUAUGAGUUUUAUUUUAGAUGUUCUAAGGAAGGACAUACAAAGGGUAAAAUGAAGAUAGCAGGUCAAAAAAAUUCUGUGGAAAUACCCAUAUUGGGUAAAACUGAUGAAAAAAAGAGAAAAGAUAGGGAGGUAAAUGAGACAAGAACUAGAUGCAAAGCCCAUAUUCGUUUCAAGAAAAACAAAGAAGGAAAUUUCGAAGCUGCUACACAUGAGUUGGAGCAUAAUCAUGAAUUGGUUAUAGUAGUUCAACGACAUCAUCUAAGAUCAGAAAGGCAAAUAUCAGCUCCAAUGGGUGAACUAAUUGAGAGCAUGAUUGAGAGUGGUAUUAAACCAAUGGAUGCUUAUAAUUAUAUAAGCAAUGAAGCUCGAGGAGAAGAAUGUGUAGGUCAUACUAAGAGAGAUCACCUUAAUUAUGUAUCAAGGGUGAAAAUGAGUAUGGUUGAAGGUGGAGACAUGCAAAAUGUAUUAGACACCCUUCAAGAAAGAGCAGAUCAAGAUCCCUCAUUCUUUUAUAGAUUGAAAUUUGGAGAAGAAAAUAAUGUUGUGAGCUAUUUUUGGCGUGACUCCCAAAUGCUUGAAGAUUUCAAAGCUUAUGGUGAUGUUUUAAUCUUCGAUACAACAUACAAAACAAACAAAUAUGGGUUGAUAUGUGCUCUAUUUGUUGGUAUAAAAAAUCACUGGAAAACAACAAUGUUUGGAUGUGCAUUCAUAACUGAUGAAAAGACUGAUACAUUUGUUUGGAUGCUUUCAAUCUUCAAAAAGUCAAUGUGUGGAAUUGAACCAAAAUCAAUCUUUACUGAUCAAGAUCUUGCAAUGAGCAACGCCAUACCAGAGAAUCAGAAUUCGAAGAUGUCUGGAAAGAUGGUUCAAAAAUAUGGAUUAGAAAAAAAAGAGUGGUUUGAUAGGUUGUUCGGGCUACGAGAAAAAUGGUGCACUGUUUUGAGCAAGGAUAUUUUCUCUGCGGGAAUCCUUUCAUCUCAAAGAGUAGAAGUAACAAACAGAGCAAUUUCAUUUAAGGCCAAUAAAACCACUAAACUUUUGGAGUUCUUUCAUAUAUUUGAAGCUACUGUGAGAAGAUGGAGAAACACUGAAAAGAGUGACAACUUCAGAUGUACUACUGAGAAACCAAAAACAAAAACAAAGAUCUUAAAACAUGCUGCUGAAGUUUAUACUCUGAACUUAUACAAGGAUUUUAAGUUGGAAUUUGAGACCAGCCUAGGAGCAUAUGCAAAGGAAAAGCCAACUUCAAUGCAAUACGUCAAAUUCUUUGAUGUUUCUCUUGAUGAAGAUUAUAUGCACACCUAUCAAGUCAUAUAUCACUGUCAAACCAAUGAAUUUAUGUGUUCUUGUAUGUGCUUCACAUAG